GUCAGGAAAUCCCUGAGGAGGGCCGGGAAGUGGAGGAAUUUUCAGAAGAUGAUGAAGAAGAUGAUUCUGAUGACUCUGAGGCAGAAAAGCAGUCACAGAAACAGCAUAAAGAAGAUUCUCAUUCUGACAACACAGCUACUGCUUCUUCACAGCAGCAGGCUCCCCCACAAUCUGUUCCUCCUUCUCAGAUACAAGCACCUCCCAUGCCAGGACCACCACCUCUUGGACCACCACCUGCUCCACCUUUACGGCCUCCUGGGCCACCUACAGGCCUUCCUCCUGGGCCACCUCCAGGGGCUCCUCCAUUCCUGAGACCACCUGGAAUGCCAGGACUCCGAGGUCCUUUACCACGACUUUUACCCCCAGGGCCACCACCAGGCCGACCUCCUGGCCCUCCCCCAGGUCCACCUCCAGGUCUGCCUCCUGGCCCUCCUCCUCGGGGGCCCCCGCCAAGGCUACCUCCUCCUGCACCUCCAGGUAUUCCCCCACCUCGUCCUGGCAUGAUGCGCCCACCUUUGGUGCCUCCACUUGGACCUGCCCCACCUGGGCUUUUCCCACCAGCUCCCUUGCCCAACCCUGGGGUAUUAAGUGCCCCACCCAACUUGAUUCAGCGACCCAAGGCAGAUGAUACAAGUGCAGCCACCAUUGAGAAGAAAGCCACAGCAACCAUCAGUGCCAAGCCACAGAUCACUAAUCCCAAGGCAGAGAUUACUCGAUUUGUACCUACUGCACUGAGGGUACGUCGGGAGAAUAAAGGGGCUACCGCUGCUCCCCAAAGAAAGUCAGAGGAUGAUUCUGCUGUGCCUCUUGCCAAAGCAGCCCCCAAAUCUGGUCCUUCUGUUCCCGUCUCAGUACAAACUAAGGAUGAUGUGUAUGAAGCUUUCAUGAAAGAGAUGGAAGGGCUGCUGUGACAGCUUUUGAUGCCAGACAGGCUUCACAAUAUUGACGAGGCUCUAAUUACAUUGAAAGAGCUACUUCCACUGUCAGGGUAUUUUCUAAUUUGAUUUCAAGGAAUCCUAAAGUUUAGCAUUGAUGGGGAUUUACUGCACAGAGGGAGUUUCGUUCAGAAGAGAUUGGCUAUUAAAGCAGUGCUGCUAAUCCAUUCCCUCUGACACCGCCAUUUUCGUCCCCUUCUUUCCCCUUCUCCAGGUCUUUGGAAAUUUGUGAUCAAGGGUAUCUUAGUUGCUUAUUUGUUUGACUCUCUUCUUGUGUGCUGUAGGCACCAGAGUGAGAUUUCUGAAAAAAGUUUAUUUCAUCUUGACUUGUGUUUGAGUUAUUUUUAAUAUUUUCUUGUAAAUAUUUUGUAAUAUUUUACUUGUAGUGAAAUGGAUCACAAUAUCAUUUCCUAAUACAGAGCAGGAUGUAUGGGAAGAAAUGUACAAUUCUUUGAUUAAAACUAUUUCCCACUGAGUGUUUCAUGGAAAAAAUAAAUAAAUGUUGUAUACCAAGA